AUGGAAUCCACCAAUUCUGAUACAGAGCAUGAAAAGACCGGUGAGUGGACGAAUAGCCCCACCGGUGCCGGUAGCGGGGGCGCAGGCGAACAACCACCGCAACCACCGAAACCGCGUUCGCAAGAUUCCACCGGCCGGGGCGACGCAGACAGUGAAGCCUUUCAGCUGAAUUGGGUGCAUCUCCUCUGCUUUGCACUCUUCCUCGAUGGUCUCUGGUUGGUGCACAGAGUAUUGCACACUGUGGACACCGCGGAACGCAUCCUCUAUGGCGAGCCAAUCGUCAUUGACUGCACGGAGCAUGCCUAUUUUCCAAUAUCCCUAUGCCCUGGCGCUCGUAAUCCGUCCUUAAUUGCUGCAAUCUCGUGGUCUGUGGCGUUGGCUCAUGCCCAUCCCGCGCUGAAUAUGGAACGUCAUUACCUUUUCGCCGACAGCCAUGCCGUGCGCGUGCCGAUGUCACGCUAG